CCCGCCAUGGAAUACGUCCUACCGCGCGACGCAGCGCCUACCAGUGACGUUGUGGGCUGCAGCGCUGCAGCACCCAACGCAGUGAGUGUGCUGUGACCUCCUGCGUGGCCUCGUCCCUGGUCUUAGUUUCCACCGGGCAGUGGGAGUCAGGACCGCCUGUCCUCAGGCCCCUCCUCAGCGACUGUGGCGGCUGCAGGCGGUUCUGAGAAGUCCAAGGGUUGCUGGGAGAGGUUGGUUGCACGCCAGGGCCUGUACUUACCACCACCACGUGCCACGGGACUCUAAGGAGGAAUGGCGGCCGUGGGCAGCCUGCUUGGCCUGCUGAGGCAGAGCACCGUGAAGGCCACCGAACCUGCACUCCGCCACCUGCACACAUCCUCCUGGCAGGCCGACAGCAGCAGGGCCUCACUCAGUCGUGUGCACCGCCAAGCUUAUGCACGACUCUACCCUGUACUGCUGGUGAAGCAGGAUGGCUCCACCAUCCACAUCCGCUACAGGGAGCCGCGGCGCAUGCUGGCGAUGCCCAUAGAUCUGGACACCUUGUCUCCUGAGGAACGCCGGGCCAGGCUGCGGAAGCGUGAGGCUCAGCUCCAGCCGAGGAAGGAGUACGAGCAAGAGCUCAGUGAUGACUUUCAUGUGGAGCACUACCAACAGUUCUGGAACAGGACCAAGAAGUGACCGUGGCUCCAGCCACCCCGGGACGUGGAUAAGAUGGGAGGGCUGUUCUUAAAUCACAUAUUCUCGAAGCUGCCACCUGGA